AUGGCAUCCUCCCGCGACUCUCGAGAGCCGCAGACGGCCGGGUUUGCGAGGCAUACAGUGGGAAUGGGCCUGCUCUUGGUGGUGGUGGUACUUUGGACAGCCUCGAAUUUCCUCGGUAGUACAAUCUUUGCCGACAAUACAUACCCAAAGCCUUUCUUCGUCACCUACAUUAACACCUCGCUGUUCAUAUUGCCACUAUUUACCAUUCUGCUCGGUCGAACAUGGACGCUAUGGCGCUCCAAAGAGACUGUCGCAAACUUCGAGGAUCCCAAGUCCGAGGAGCAAAGUAUCCUGCGUGGGGGAUCAUUCGACAAUGAAUCGCGCGUGCAUGAUGUCGAAAACCCGUUGUAUGCAAGCGCGGCGAACGCUGACCAGAGUGCGAAGCUGGGGCUGCGAGCAACAGCAAAGCUCAGUCUUGAGUUCUGUCUCCUAUGGUUUAUCGCAAACUACUUUGCUAUGGCAUGUCUCCAGUUCACAACAGUGGGUAGCACGACUAUCUUAACGUCUACUAGUGGUGUUUGGACCUUGAUCUUCGGAGCCGUGAUUGGAGUUGAGAAAUUCACACCCCGCAAGCUCCUUGGUGUUGUCGCAUCCCUCAUCGGCAUCAUUCUGAUUUCCCGCGUGGACCUGUCCAACCAGGACGCCGACACGACUCCGGCUGCUAUCAGUGGCCGGGAUGGAUCAUUCCCGCACAAGACGUCCGGGGAAAUUGCCCUAGGCGACGCAAUGGCGGCAUUCAGCUCCAUCAUGUACGGAGUCUAUACGAUCGUAAUGAAGAAGCAAGUAGGCGACGAGUCACGCGUGAACAUGCAGCUCUUCUUUGGGCUGGUGGGUCUAUUCAAUCUCGUGCUUUUGUGGCCUGGAUUCUUCAUCCUCCAUUGGCUGGGAAUUGAAACGUUCGAACUGCCUAGCACAGACCGGGUGUGGACGAUUAUUCUAGUCAACUCAUUAUCCUCUUUCAUCUCUGACAUUGCGUGGGCAUACGCGAUGCUCCUGACCACCCCUCUUGUUGUGACGGUCGGUCUAAGUUUAACGAUCCCGCUGUCCCUGGUCGGUCAGAUCUUUCUACAGGAACAGUAUGCGUCCCCAUUAUAUUGGUUUGGCGCAGCUAUUGUAUUUUUGUCAUUUUUGGUCGUCAACCACGAGAGUAAGGUCGAAGAAGAGAGCGCUAGCCCCGUUCGACAUAGAGUUUCCUCUGGCGAAUAUGAGAGCAUUCCUCGCGAUGAAGUCCGUUAG